AUGGUGUUCAAGCCCUUCAAGUCACCUUUGAUCAGGAAACCAGAGACAACCGAUGAGGCCAAAACCCAAGACAUAUCUGCUCAGAAUCCCCUCAAAAAGGAUGACCCAGCACCUGUGACCGAAACGCGGCCAACUCCGUCGGAACCUCGAAAGCCACUACAACAAGUCAGAAAUGUGGGGACGGAGUCUGGGGGCAAAACAGCUCCUGCGCCUGAGCCUAUCAAACUGCUCGGCGAUGAGAGGUUCUUCAACGCUCUUUGGAGAAAACCAAGCGCCAAGAAGAACAAGACAUGGGAUGGAGACGGUGUUCUCACUGCCCGCGCUGGUCUUGUCACCCUGCGAGAUGUAGGAGGCAAAGACAUGGGACGGGGGAGGUUUGAGGGUGAACUCGAACCAGGGAAGAUGCUCUAUGUGGGUGGUAAGGAGGUGGAGAUUGACUCUGAGAUACCUCGCAGGGAGUACUUAGCUGGGAAGAAUGUUUUGCAAGCUACCAAGCCGACACAGACUUCAAAGGGCUCGAGGAAAACCCCAUUGACAGCGCUGAAAAACAGCGAAGAUCAAAUCUCAAGGACUCUAGGCCGGACCGGAUCUUUGAAGCGAGGCGCAUCAGUAUUAGAUGGGGACAAUAAAGGACACUCGGGAUUCGGUGCAUACAAGAAGCCAUAUCUUGAUGAUUCUGUUCUACCAACCCAUCCAAUCAAGGUGGUCCCUCGCCACGAUCCGGACGCACCAGGAGCUUUGGUUAUGCCACGACCGGCCUCGGUUCCCGAUGGAAAGCAGAUUGUAGAUGUUGUGGUUGACCCGCUGUUGACGAAGAGUCUGCGCCCGCACCAGCGAGAAGGUGUUCAGUUUUUGUACGAAUGUGUCAUGGGAAUGCGAUCAUUCAAUGGCGAAGGAGCAAUUCUCGCAGACGAGAUGGGUAUGGGAAAGACCUUGCAAACAAUCGCUCUUCUAUGGACUCUGUUAAAACAAAAUCCUAUCUACGGUGCGCCUCCGGUCAUUAAGAAGGCUUUGAUUGUCUGCCCUGUCACUUUGAUCAACAACUGGCGGAAGGAGUUCCGCAAGUGGCUCGGAAACGAACGGAUUGGAGUUUUCGUCUUUGAUGAUAAUCGGAAACGUCUAACCGAUUUCACCAAGGGGAAAUCAUAUAGCAUUAUGAUUGUGGGUUACGAGAAGUUGAGGACGGCCCAGGAGGGUCUAACAAAGGGCGCUGGUGUGGAUAUCAUCAUCGCAGACGAAGGUCAUCGACUGAAGACCCUGUCAAACAAGAGUGGUCAGGCUAUCCAGUCUCUAAAUGCCGCAAAAAGAGUUAUCCUUUCAGGCACCCCCAUUCAAAAUGAUCUUAGCGAAUUUUUUGCUGCGGUCGAUCUCGUGAAUCCUGGAAUUCUGGGAACAUUCAAGGCUUUUAUUCGAGAGUUUGAAACACCGAUUGUUCGCAGCAGACAACCAGAGGCCACCAGAAAAGAGAUCGAAAAGGGCGAAUCUCGAAGCGAAGAGCUUCGGGACCUUACUUCCAAGUUCAUCCUCCGCAGGACAGCAGACAUAUUAGCCAAGUACCUCCCUCCCAAGACAGAAUACGUUCUAUUCUGUAACCCAACUCGUUCCCAGGCCAACAUCUACCAAGCCGUCCUGGCUUCUCCUGUCUUCCAGUCCGCCAUGGGCAAUGCAGAGAGCGCUCUCCAGUUGAUCACUAUCCUGAAGAAACUUUGCAAUAGCCCCUCAUUACUCACAGCAAAGAACAACAACAAUGCACCGAGUGAAACUAUAACCGCCCUUCUCGCCUCUCUCCCCCCAAACCUCAUGCGCCACUUCUCUCCUUCGGCUAGCGCGAAAAUUCGAGUUCUUGAUCAAAUCCUUGAUAACAUGCGAACAAAUACAACCGAAAAGAUCGUUCUCGUCUCUAAUUACACCUCCACCCUCAAUCUUCUCGCGAAUCUCCUGAGCUCCCUUGGUCUGCCCUUCCUCCGCCUAGACGGUAGCACUCCCACCCAAAAACGCCAACCUUUGGUGGACGACUUCAACCGUCUUCCUGCAGACAAAUGUUUUGCUUUCUUGCUUUCUGCUAAAGCUGGUGGUAUGGGCCUCAACCUUAUCGGCGCCAGCCGUCUUGUUCUCUUUGACGUCGACUGGAAUCCCGCGACAGAUAUUCAAGCCAUGGCCCGUAUUCACCGCGAUGGACAGAAGCACCACUGUCGUAUCUACCGGGUAAUCCUGAAAGGUAGCCUCGAAGAAAAGAUUUGGCAGCGACAGGUAACCAAAAUUGGGUUGGCAGAUAGUGUCAUGGAGCAUAAGAACAGCGUCGCACAAUUCUCUUCUGCUGAGCUCCGUGACUUGUUCCGUCUUGACGAGGAGAGCCGCUGUCAGACUCACGAUUUACUGGCUUGUGAGUGCGGUGGCAAGGGAAUCAUUUCGUCUUCCUCCUCGGGCACUGCUACGCCUAAUCUGAAGCCUGGCGAUGGGGAAGAUGAGGGGAAUGACCCCGAACUUUCGGAGUUAAGUAAUGCCCCCUCCGACGAUGAACCUGAUUUUCCAAAAUUGGUCAAAGCUUCCGAGGUAGACAUGGAAGCCCAGGAGCGCGCUAUCCGCGACUCGUCGCGGCGGGGCAGAACACAGAAAAAUACCAUGCAUCAGUCUCUAGCACAGUAUGCGCAUAUCGACCCUUCUGUUCUUACUAGUGCUGAAGAGGAAGAUGAAUUCGCCGCUAUUGUUGAUGACAAUGUCCUGCUUUCUUUGCUAAAGGAUGAGUGUAAUCGGAUAGGUUAUAUCUUCAAAAAGGCGAAUGGUGCCGAGGUGGAAAGUGAAGACACUACAGCUGCAGGUGCUCUGGCUCCUGCCAACGAAGCUGCGUGA